AAGUUCGGCUCGUCACUUGUCUCCGGGUUUGUAAACACUAUGUGACCGCUACACGUUCACUUCACUGCUCACAGCCGGAACAACCGGAUCCACGGUGUACUUCCCGGUCUCUGCUGCGGCUGUGUGAGUGAGUGUGUGUCUGUGUGUGUGAGUGAGUGUGUGUCUGCUUGUGUCUGUGUGUGUGUGUGUUUGUGAGACAGACCUGUGACCGGUGAAGACUGCAGAGAUGUCGGAUAACGGAGGAUCGGCGGUCGGCCUCUUCGCCUAUGAGACGCUGGUUCAUGCGGUGGCGGGAGCUGUGGGCAGCGUGACAGCGAUGAGCGUCUUCUUCCCUCUGGACACGGCCAAGAGCAGACUGCAGGUGGACGAGAAGCGGAAGUCCAACUCCACCCCCAUCAUCCUGGCUGAGAUCGCAAAGGAAGAAGGCCUUCAGUCUCUGUACAGAGGCUGGUUCCCAGUCAUCUCCAGCCUCUGCUGCUCCAACUUUGUCUACUUCUACACCUUCAACACGCUGAAGAGGCUGGUGGUCUUCGGUCCAGGCCGACCCGGACCCGGCAAAGAUCUGCUCAUGGGAGUUGUAGCAGGGGUGGUGAAUGUGGUCCUGACCACUCCCAUGUGGGUGGUCAACACUCGGCUGAAGCUGCAAGGGGCCAAGUUCCGUAACGAGGAUCUCCAGCAGACCCAGUACAACGGCAUAUUUGAUGCUUUCUCGCAGAUCAUAGCCAAUGAGGGAGUGGGAACUCUGUGGAACGGCACUCUGGCCUCUCUCAUCCUCGUCCUCAACCCGGCUAUGCAGUUCAUGUUUUAUGAGACCUUGAAGAGGAAGGCGGGCAGGGGAGGGAAGAAGAUAUCCUCAGCAGAGAUCUUUGUCAUUGGGGCUAUUGCCAAGGCCAUUGCUACCACGGCAACAUAUCCUCUUCAAACAAUUCAAGCCAUCCUGAGGUUCGGUCAGUACAAAGGCGAUGGAAAGAGCCGUGUGACAGGAAGCCUCUCCAACAUUUUCUCCCUGUUCCUGGACAGAAUCAGGAGGAAUGGUGUUCUUGGUUUGUACAAAGGCCUGGAGGCCAAGCUGCUCCAGACGGUACUGACAGCCGCCCUCAUGUUUGUGGUGUACGAGAAGAUCACUUCUGCGACCUUCAGAGUCAUGGGUCUGAACAAGAAGCUGAAGCAGUGAACAAACGCCCACGUCACUGCAGCACGGCAUUAAUACACUUGUUGUAAGUGGGUUUUGUUUGUGCCAGAAGUUACAUCCAUCACAUAAGACAAGAGUUGGGAUUUGGUGCCUUAAGGGCUACAGACGCUUGCCUGAAACAACCACAGACAGGUAACACUCAUGUUUUUAACCUAGUUCCAUUUGUGCAGGUAAAUUUAAGGAGAUAAAUUAUGAUAAUGUAUUUGGAAAGUCUGCUUUGGUAACAAAUUUAACUAAGUGACUCUGGUCUUAAUAAAUCGGACCACCUUAAAACAACAUUAAUGUCGGCAUGAUUCAAUUUGGCUCUGUGAUGGAGUUACAACUGUCCAGGGCAUUCCCCACCAAGCCUCUUUUAACCCUUUAAGAGGUUGAGUUAAAACUAAACGCCAAUGAUUAUAUUUGCACAUAAAGACAGAGAUUCCCUUGCCUAUAAUGAAAUUAUAUUUAACAAUCAGAUGAGAUCUAAGAACUAGUAGGGUGACUUCUCAGUGACUUGGCAUAAACAGUAUUUCCCCUCAAAGUGUCAAACUUUGUCUGGGUUUUACCUGAAAUGAUAAGACCAAUAAUUUACCUCCUGGUGCUUUGCCUGGAUUUAGGCCCCUGGAUCAUUCCUCAUACACUCCGACCAAUGUUUAACUGUGAAAUUUACUGCUUUUGACGUUUUUGUUAUUCCAAACAAAUGAGCAGUAACAACAAAAAUGGUGAAAUUGAGAAAUUGGCCGAGCUCCUGUUGGUUUAUCUUUAGUUUUGUGUGUAAAAUCUGCACUUGCUACUCCAGACUAGAAAGGUUUGGGUUUAAAUAAUUAUAAUAAAUUAAUAUGAAUUUAACAUUACUUGGAAUGAGUCCAUAAAGUAAACGGUAAAGGUUACAGAUGUAAUAAUACCACAGUAAGUGCCUGUUAAUUGUAUGAUAAAAAACUGUACUAUGAUCUGAACUAUGUACUGUGAUGACUGUUGAUGAUUUACAUUAACCAUGAUGCACUGGGUUAUCGAUCUAUGUUUUUAAUGAUUGGUCAGUAUGAACGUUUUGAUUCCAUUAUUUCUGUACGUCCUUUAGGUAGGGAAGGCACGGGCAGUAAUUUACAGUAGCCGUUCAUCUCUGUGCUCUUUCUGUGAGUUAGUGAACGGAUGUUUCUGCAGCAAUGGUUAGUUUUUUAUAAUGACAAGAGUUUACUGUUUGCAACACUGCUGUAUAUGGUUUGGACUCAUGCAUUCACUGUCUGGAUUACAUCAGUGGAAAUCCACCACAAGAUGAAUGCAUUCCUGAUUCAUAUUAUCAGAUGACCACAUACCUCACAAUCCCCUCCUGAAACCACAAGUCACUAGAUCUGGAUUUUUAUUUGAUUCUGCACCAAAUUGCACACGCUCAUAAAUAUCAGUCCCCUGCACAUGUUUUUUUCCAUUAAGAUACAUGAAUUUUUCUAAGAAAUCAAGUAAAAUGUUGAAAGAUGUGUGUAAUUGGUGUGAAAAAACUGAAAGUAAUGUGAUUACGGGAGAAUGAAAUGAGCUUUAUUUAAAAGAUGAGAAAGGGCUCAAAUCUGGAGAAUGUGUCACUGUUAUUUAAAAAAACAACAGAGAAGGCAGUGACUCAUCUGAACAUGUUGUGAUUUGUCUUAACAGUUUACAGAAAGAUAUUUGUAACUGCUGAUGCACUUUCAUUUAUUUUCAACACAUUUUUUAAAAACAUUUUCUAAUUUUGUUUAUUUCAACAUACUAACAGUUUUGGGUAUUUAAACUGAUUGUGAUAACCAGGGAAUAAUAAAGUUUGUGAAACUUCUGACACUA